CCGGCCCUUCGGUCCUUCCUCCCCGCGAGCCUCGUGUCGGUGCGCGCUGAUCUCCGCUCGGCUCCCGGCAGCUUCUUCUCUCAGAACUCUCCGCCGCCUCCUCCUCUCCUCCCGUGUCCGUCGUGUCUCCGAGAAACCGAAGAGAAGCCCGGCCCCGCGUGAAGCAGAGUUGGGAAGUCCCGCUGCUGCUGCCGCCGCCGCCGCCGCCGCCGCCGCCUCCUCCUCCGCAGCCGCCGCCAUGGUGAACGUGCCCAAGACCCGGCGCACCUACUGCAAGAAGUGCGGCAAGCACCAGCCGCACAAGGUGACGCAGUACAAGAAGGGCAAGGACUCUCUGUACGCGCAGGGCAAGCGGCGCUACGACCGCAAGCAGAGCGGCUACGGCGGCCAGACCAAGCCCAUCUUCCGCAAGAAGGCCAAGACCACGAAGAAGAUCGUGCUGAGACUCGAGUGCGUGGAGCCCAACUGCAGGUCCAAGAGGAUGCUGGCCAUCAAGCGCUGCAAGCAUUUCGAGCUGGGAGGAGAUAAGAAGCGCAAGGGACAAGUGAUCCAGUUCUGAGCUGCCUUCGGCGCGCCCUCGGCUCCCGGGAGAGAAACGAUUAAAAUAUUGAAGUUCCAGUA